AAGAAUCAGAGAUGUACAUGACAGGGGAAAUGUUUUUGUGAUGUAAAUAAGGUCUGAAGUGCUUGCGAUUGAAAUAUGUCAACAUUGGGAUAUGAAUAAAACAACAUCGUUGUCAGUCAAAUAAUAUAGCUGUAGACAUGACUGACCCUUCAAGUGAAGAUGAUGGUGUCUUGAGAGAAUGGGCACCAUUAGAAGAUUUGCUACAGCAGAUACCCUUGAAGGCACAACGUGGUUUGUUCACACAUGAGCUAAGCUUAACCUGUGUGGAUAUUUUGCCUGAAUACAUAGCAGUUGGAACUAAUCUUGGCUUAGUAUACUGGUAUGGUCGGCGUAACCGUGAUUUGCAGAGGUUACGCUGUGAGAACACAGCUGCUUCUGUGACAUGUGUGAAAGUAAUAUCAACAGUUGACUAUAUGGUGGCAGCAGGUAAUGACCAGGGAAGUGUAACAGUAUUCCAGAUUCCAAAGAGCCCUCCAGAUAAUUUACCGGAAAGUAUGAAACCUAAAAGAAACAAACAAGUUGAGAGGUACACCAUUAGUGGUCUCCAUACAUCAGCUGUUACUGCCAUUGAGUGGAGCAUGAAUGGAAUGAAGCUUUUUAGUGGAGACAAAAAUGGUCUAGUUGUUCUAACAGAAAUAGAUUUUUACAUGCAUUUAAGCAAAUCAGUUGAACUACUGAAUGAGAAGUAUGAAAUCGUGCAGCUUAGCUACAGUCAGCAGCUAUUACUCGUUUCAACAUUGUAUCGCAGCAUCCUCUGCCACCGUGAUGACCGCUGGAAGGUGGUACAAGUUGGACAAAAAGAAAGAAAAAUGCUUGGUCAUCUAGGUGCAACAUUAUCUCCAGGUACCGGCAGACCUCAGGAUCUGAUCAUUUAUGCCAGUCGGCCUGGUCUUCGUAUUUGGCUUGCAGACAGAAAUGGUGUAGUCCAGCAGACACUCAUAUACAAGGAUGCACUUUCUGACCAUCACCCAGAAGUGCCACUUAUUAACCCUCUACCAGAACGUUUGAGGACUGUUCGUGGAGAUCCUCAGUUUGGGCCUGUCAGGCAGUUUCAUGGGAAUCUGCUUGUUACAUAUAGUCCUGACUCUAUAUACAUUCUCGAUCCAUCUAAUAUCUCUGUUGUCGGAACUGUGUCGGGCCUUCGGGGUGUACUUGAUGUGUCUGUUUCAAGAGAUGAGAUUUUUGUGCUAGAAGGUGGUCGAAGUUUGAUUCGUUUGGCAUAUGGACCUGAAGCACCUCCAGCGCCAUCAGAAUUGCAAGGAUACAGACAGGAAAAUCAGCAGGAUCCCACAUUUAUGUCUAUACCUGUAUCACUGACAGACAACACUGUAACACUGACAUUGCGUGGAUUCACUUCAAAAUUCAAAGGAAGCACAAUUGUUCCGGCUAUACCAUUCAAUAAAUUUGGAUUAUUCAACAGAUUUGAUGGAAGUAAUGAGCCCAUUGAGCAUGAAGACAUUAACCCUAUUAUUACAGCAGACGAGGCCAUGGAACUUCCUCCCAUCAUUGCUAUGCCAACUGAUGACUUGGUGGAACUUAAUGUGGAGAGAAAACCUUUACAUUCAGAAAGUUCAAAAAUUGACGAGAACAAUUUACAAGGAAUAUUUCAACAGGGCUCAGAGAGGAAGUCGAACAAUCACAGAGGAUCAAAUGUUUCGUUAGACAGCUCAAGAGCUGAGAUACUUGAGAAAAUUGGGGAACAACAGUUUGAAGACAUCCUUUUCAAACCAAAACAUGGAAAGAACAAAUCAAGAAAAGUGGCCAAAAAUAAACACCUAUCAGGACUGGAAUCUGGAUCUGACUCUAUGAGCACAAGUACUAACAGCAUCCGUUCAGUUAAUUCUGACAGUGAAGAGGCUGGUAGCAGUGAACAAGUUAGUGGCAGUACUGACUGCGCCAGUACACCAACCAGGUGUAUUGACCCUAGUUCCUCGGAAGAUACUCUUGUGAGACUCAGUGAUUGUGUUGUAAGUGAAAAGACAGAAGUUGUGAAUGUAAAUGGUUUGAUCUCUGACAGUAGCAGGAAACUUGGGGAAAUCACUUUAAGCCAUAAUUCAGAAGAGAAAGACUGCAUAAUACCCCACAUUAAGCCUGAUUUGAGAAGUCCUGGUUCAAUAGAACGAGAUGUUGCAGAUAAAGAAAAGCGUCUUGCAAAAUUUCUUAACUUAGAUACUUUAUACAAAGAUGCUUCAGCUGAUCCAGAAGGUCCUGUAGCAAAUGGUGAGCUUUCUGAAUGUGUGACAAAUGAAAACUCAAACAAGGAUUUAGAAAGUCCUAAGCCACAAGAAGAUGCCUGCCAUGAUGUGAUUGCAGAUUAUAAGUGCCCUACAGAUUAUACUAGUAAUUCCACUAAAGACUGUGAAUAUUCAAAUUCAGUAGAAGUUUCUGAUGAGAAACUUUCAUCUUACAAUAGUGUACUCAGUUAUGGACCACCUUCAGGCAGCAGUGCACCACCUAGUGUCCACACUUCACUGGAUACUUAUUCACCUGGCCAACAAAGUGAUACUGUAGUAACUGAAAUAUCACCAAUUGAACGUGGGGACAAGUGGGUUCAGUUCAAAACUCCCUGCCCCAUCACCUCACUGUCCGUCUGUUCUCAUUAUGUUUGUUGUAUUGAUUCAAGAGAUUUUGUAUUCUUCAGCAAUUUUAGCCGUUUGGGAUUGAAGUGGCAGAAGCUUGAUAAUAAAGCUAGACAGGUUGUCAUGUCACAGAAUGGAGACUUGGUGUGGAAACUGUACAAAAAUACAGCCUAUGCUCUCAAACAGCCAUCUUAUAAAGGUCCCUUUGGUACUCAGUGGUUAGAAGCUGCUAAAGAUGUGCAGUGUAUAGCUGUGAGUGAGUCAGCAGCAUGGACCGUCUCUCUUGACGGCAGAGUGUACAUCCAUAAAUAUGUAACAAGAGAAAGGCCUUUCAGUACACCAGAGCAGGUUCCUUGUGUGUACAUGGCAACUCGUAUAUGUUGCUUCAGAGAGAGAGUAUGGAUUCUUACCACAACAGGAGAAGUUCUCUGGAGAUCUCAUAUUUGUGAGAAGACCCCUGAGGGAAGAAAAUGGAAUAAAGUUGAAGUACACAAUGUUGUAGACAUAGCUCUUGGGUGCCAUGAGACUGGUUGGCUCAUAGACUCAAAAAAUACAAUACUAUUUUCAGAUGACUUCACUGAACCAAAACCUUCAUGGUGGCAGGUUUUAGUGAGUGACUAUGUUUUCCAAGAGACGACACCACUGGAACAGUUCCGAAACAAAUUGACUGAUAAUUAUCUUUGCAAUCUUCGGCCUCAGUGUACUGUAAUUGUGGCAUGUGGUGAAGACACAUUAUGGAUAUCGGAAAAAAUGGCUACUUAUGUGUAUAUGAACAAGACAGAAUUCACAGGUCAUCAGUGGAGUGGAGUGAAUGUGAGGUUAUUGUACCCAGCUAUUAAAUGGCAGAUGGUCAGUGCUGAAGGCAUACAUGAGGAUAAAGGCCAGUUGUGGUUGUUCUCACGGGAUGGCAAUCUUUAUUGCUCAUCACCAGAUCUGCAUAACUUGCAGCCUGUGGAGUUGCCAAGUACUUCUCAAGUGGUGUGCCUUGCUGCCACACUGCGGGCAGCCUGGCUACUUACUGCUCAAGGGGAAGUCUUUAUUCGACAGGGGCUCAGUGAUACUUGCCAUAAUGGAUAUAAUUGGAAACGACUUGAUUUAUCACAAAUAGAUAAUGUUCGGUUCACUCAUGUGUCUUGUGGGCGAGAUGUCAUCUGGGCGUGUGAUGCACAAGGAGAUAUUUAUAUGGCAUUUGGAAUUCCUCAAUCUGUUUCAAGUUCCACGUUCUCUCCUGCGUGGAUACCAACGGAUGAAAGAACUCAUACCAAGAUUCAUUUUGUCAAAGUAUACGUUGGACCUGUAGCAGACAUGGUGUGGGCAAUUGAUGUCAGGAGGAAAGUAUACAUUAGAAAAGACAUACUACCAGAUUUUCCUCUUGGCAGUGGUUGGGUGCUGGUCUCUGGAAUUGAUGCUGUUGCACUGAGUAUCAGUGGGACUGCUGUUUGGGCAUUGGAUCCAGGAGGCAGUGUGUACAGGCGGUAUGGCAUAUCACCUUCCAAUUAUGUUGGUGAUUACUGGAAAAGGAUACCUGGAGCUGUGAGUGCUCUUACAGCUUCUGUGAAUGACGAUCUGUGGGCUAUUGAGAAGAAGGGGUCUCUUUUGAGGCAUCGACCAAAGACUGUAAAACUGUCAUUACAGCCACAAGAAUCAAAGAGUCAGGACUCUCAGGUGGCACCAGAUGAGGACUGGGAAGUCAUAUGACAAAAAAAGAGUGGCACUCUUAAUGCCAUUACACAGUAAUCAAACUUUCCUGAUGGAAAUGACUUUUGAAGCUGCAUCAGCUGGAUAUGGAUAUGUUCACAUAUUGUGUAUGUUUAAAUUUGUUGAGUUUCAUAACAGAAUGUAAAUUCUGUCAUGUUUUAUUUACAUUACAUUUUUGUAAGCCAGUGUAUAGCUAUUUGUUCUUUAUAUCCAUGUCAUACUUUUAAGACUAUGUUACCUUUACAUUGAUAUUAGAAUGAAGCUAAGUUGAGAUUUUCAUGAUGAUGUGUGUAUUUCACAGCAUUUUCUUUGUCACACCUUCUUUCUUCUUUGUCUGAACACAUUGUUCAGAUUAUAUUAGGGAUGAAACUAUUCCCUACUGAAUUACUAUCUCUUUUUGUGCAGUGAUGUCUGUAUUUUCCUUCCAACUUGUCUAUAAUGAAUUUUGAGCCAAAGAAGUACAAUAGGUGGCAGUUUGUUUUAAAAUCUUGUGAAGUGUUAUAUUUUUAACAGUUAACUAAAACAUUUUGUGAGUAAAAUAUUUCAAAAUAUAUAAGCUAUGCCACCUGUAGUUUACAAAAAAAAUCCUUUCUGUACACAAUAAAGAUGAUGACUGGUA